AUGUCUGCUGCAGAAACAGCUCCCAUGCCCAAGCCCCGUUCGGCUCUCAAGGAAGAGCCUCCUCUUCUGAAGGCGCCAUCUCCAGACUCGCUACAUCCUGUGCCACCUCAACACUCACACCCGGACCCCCCUAAGUCGAAGGAUAAGACUCCUGAACCUGAAUCACAGCCGGCACCCUCACCAGUGGACUCCAAGACUCCCCCUCGUUCACCCGUAGAGCUGGAGCCAGAAGAGGAUACACCCCUGGUCAAGAUAGAUGUCUUCGAACAAAUCCUUGAGCUCGAUGAAGAUGACGACGAACAUGAGUUCUCGCGCUCGAUGGUAUGGGAUUAUUUCGACCAGGCAAAGGAAACUUUCGCCACAAUGGAUGAAGCAUUUGCCAAGGAUGACCUUGAACAAUUGUCCUCACUGGGUCACUUUUUGAAAGGCUCUUCUGCGGCUCUUGGUCUCUCAAGAGUGCAAUCAACGUGCGAGAAGAUUCAGCACUGUGGCCAUCGGCGCGACGAAAAUAACAACAAGGACCUCUCUCCGAUCGAGGCCCUCCAACAGAUGCGCAUACUCCUGAAGAGUGUCCGGUUGCAAUACGCUGAAGCUGAGAUUUGGUUGAAGAACUUCUAUGGCGAAGGUAACGAUUAA